AUACUAAGUGGUUAGCUCAUGCUUAAGAAGAAACUAACCUGUUAAAAUUGGUAGCAUGUUUUUCCAGACUUACAUAUAUCGCAACGUUGUAUGUGUCUCUAAGAUCAUUGGUUCAAUAAAAUAUCAGCACAACUAGCUUCUGUUAGCACAAUUAUUUAAAAUAUAAUCUCAAAUGCAAACAAUGAAGUCAAAAUAUGUAGAUAUAAUACUGUAUGCUGUCAAGAAGCGAGGGAAAAAUAAAAAGUGCAGCUGAUUGGGGCAGGUCAUGGUUGAUUUUAAGUCCCAAGACAAGUAAAAAUGAAACAAGUUGAUGAUGAUGCAUCGUGUACAGAACCUUAAGUAGCAAAGGACACAAAUGUUCAACACCAGAAUUGAAAUUCAAAAGUUGCAUUAAUAGAAUCCCCAUUCCUACACAAAAAUACAUUUUAUGUGCAGAGAAUUUUUAUUUAAGCAACAAGCAAAGCUGGUAGGAAAAUGUUUGGAUUUGGAGCAUUUUGUUUAUCAUUUGUGAAUUCAGGAGUUGGUUAAAAAGUUGGGGGCAUGUUUUUCUUAUCCGGAGUACUUACUAUUUUAUGCAAAGUAUUUACCCUUUUUAUACAAAGUAGUCUUAAUAGGUUUGGGACUGGGUGUUGUAUACGGAUCAGUUGGAAGCCCCAGCAAUGUCUAUGCAUAAGAAAAGCAGAAAGCUUAACAUUACUUCUAGAUCAAUUGUUUCAAAUAUCCAUUUUAAACAUUACUUGAAGUUCAUAGUUCUGUUAUGCUUUAAACAAGCUUAAGUAAUUAACAGUUUUAUUGUAGUUUCUGCAUCAAAUUUCUGAGGCUGCUAAUAUCAUUCCACGUCCUUUAGGUGUAGUGGUGGUACUAAGUGUGCACUUGAUUGGUUGUCUUUUAAAAUCAUACGUGUUACAAUGUAUUUCAAAGGAGCAUCAUUCAUACUUCACAAAUUGUGCUUGUUGAGUAACUUUAUUUCAAAUAUUUAGUUGAAUUUCUUUGUCUGAUAGAACUAAUAUUUAAGCCUUGAAUAUGUCAUAAAGAUUAAUGUUGGCAUUUCAGAUGUUGCUACCUCGGUUUUUCUGAUCCAUUAACAAGCAUAUAUAACUAGCUUGGUUGUCUGCUUCUGCAUUAUGACUCAUCAAUCUUUCUCUCAGGUAGAAAAUCUUACUCAUGAAGCCCAGCUUCAGGAAGUUGAGCUGGAAAGGACAACUAAACAGCUGAAGGAAGCAAUAGCAAUUGCAGGAGAAGAGACCGCUAAAUGCAAAGCAGCUAAGGAAGUUAUCAAAUCACUGACUGCCCAAUUAAAAGACAUGGCUGAAAGGCUACCAGUAGGAGCAGCCCGAAACGUGAAAUCACCCUCCUUUACUUCACUUGCCUCAACUCCUUCCAAUGAUGUUCCUAAUGUUUCUCUUGUUCGUCUGAAUGGUCAAAUGGCAUCUGAAGGACCAGACACAAAUGGAUUAUACAGCCAGCUGCUGUCUAAUGGCUCUAGUGCCGCCAGCAUCCGUAAUUCAGGUUACAACAAACAAGGCCAUUUGGAAGCAACAUCUAGAAAUGGAAGCAGAACAAAAGAUGGUGAAUCACAUCAUGAAGCUGAAUGGGUUGAGCAAGAUGAGCCUGGAGUAUACAUAACACUUACCUCCCUGCCAGGAGGUGUCAAGGAUCUUAAGCGAGUACGCUUCAGGUGCGUUUUUUAAGGGAGUCCAACUGUAAUAAUCUGAAUCAACCACUUAGUUUCCUGUGGUAAAUGAUUAUAUUUAUUAGUAUUAACAUAAAUGUGCAUGUCUAUUCCAAUGCAUCUGCACACUCAUCUUCUGUCUUAUUUGUUUGUUAAGUUCCCUUGAUGUAAAAAUUUGUGGUAAACUUUGAGUAUUAAUCUAAGCAUCAGGAAGAAUGUUUCAGCA